AUGGAGAAUCCCCAUUCCACCGCGCCAAUUGAACCGGGAGACUUCAGAUUGAUUGAGUUGGUACCGAGUGCUGAGCCGGAGAUGAUCGAGUGUCGUUUACGCUCUUACUCUCUUGAUGGCAACUAUCCCGCAUAUAUCGCGCUCUCCUAUGCAUGGGGCCAAAAUGUGAGAGACAAGACAAUUAGCCUCAAUGGAACUCGGUUCUCGGUUGGUAAUAAUCUUUGGUGGUUUCUGCAUCAUAUGCGGCUGCAAAAUCAGUACGUCAAUUUCUGGAUCGACGCCAUAUGCAUUGACCAGUCGAACGUCAUGGAGCGAAACCACCAAGUGCAGAUAAUGCGGAAGAUCUACAGCAACGCCCGAUCAGUCUCGGUGUGGCUGGGCAAAGCCGAUGCUUCCUCCGACAGCGAUAUUGCAAUGGAGCAUUUGGCGACAAGAACACCUUGUGAUGCUGGAAAGUUCAACGUUGACAACUUCUGGAGCCUGCGUCAGGCCAAAGCCAUAUUGGCCUUUUGUGAAAUGAAUUACUGGCGGCGGAUGUGGAUUAUCCAAGAAAUCAUGUUUGCAAAGCAAGUCACCAUCUACUGCGGGUCCAGACAUAUUGGCUGGAAUACAUUUGAACAGCUGGUCAAGGAUCUCCAAGCAAUAUCCGAUAUAGGACGAGAGCACCACACGCCUUGUGCAUCUUUAAUUCUUGCAAGCCCAGCUAUUGUUAUUGCGAAGGCGAAGGCAGCAUGGGGUGGGAAUCUCCAACCUCUGACGACGUUGUUGCAAUUAUAUCGCGAUCACGAGGCUACAAACAUACUGGAUAAAGUAUAUGCUUUGCAUGGUCUGGCGAAGGAUAGCUCUGAAAUAGCUGUUGACUACGGUAUAACCGCCGAUGAGCUUCUCGCCAAGGUGUUGCAUCAUGCCUAUUGUACUUUGGGAUCCAGAACUGAUAUGAAUGAGGCCACAAAAUCGCUGGUCCGCUUUGGCGAAUUGAUGGCAGGGAUACUGAAUGUUGAUUGUUCGGCAAAAGAAAUCGGCCUUCGCAUCUCCAUGGCUGAACAGCAAUGCCAGGACGACGAGGCCAGAUCCGUCGAAGCUUUGCAUUACAAAUCUGCCGACAUGGUCGAGUAUGCAAAAGACGAUUCUGCAGCAUCAACCGAGCCACGGCAGAACGUGGAUUACUUAUCGCAAGACUGGAAAAAGGAAGAUAUCUGGUUGUCGUGGAGAUACAUUACUUCCAACAGAGACCAACUUGGUAACAGCGCGAGAUUGGAAAAUGCGUCUUGGAGAAAUUGGAUGAAGGUGAAGAAUCAUCUCAAGACUAUAUCGCCAGAUGAGCUGAACUGGCUCAAAGAUUGCGACACCACUUGGCUCUAUGGGCCUCUACCGUGCUGUCCCAAGGCUGCAAACCUAUCCGGCACUGAAGGUUCAGGUGUGGCUCUGUUUAAAACAGAUUCUAACGGAAACAAGAAGCCAAUUCUCAAAAAGAACAAUGUGCUUGAAUUCAUGCCUCAGGAGCUGCUGAUAUACGCACCUCCGUUGAAGCAGGCUACAGCGACAAUUCCAGCUCAAACAACCUGUGAGACUUUGGAGCAUGGAGAAGACAAUGUUGCCAACUCUGUAUCUGCCCAGAGAGAUAACCAAUACACCGUUUCUUUGGCAGCUUCAUCAGGCUUGUCAAAUACCACUUCUACCUCUCCCUCCCGUGAACAGAAGCAUAUUCACUUCAAUGAGCUAGUGGAGCAGUACAUUGCUAUCGAUGUAAUGGGUGAUUACGAGUAUGAGGAAGACUACGAUAUCUACGAUUAUGAUGGUAGUUCUAGCGAUGAUGGCAUCAUGAUGAAGCCAAUCCGACCCAAGAAACGUGUUAGUUGGUAUAAGAAAGAGAGCCGGAAGCCUGCUAAUAUAGAUGGCAAAAUUAUUACCAAACUACCACCCAGCUAUCUCAAGUAUCGAGCGCACACUCCGGAAAUCGCCAUCGAUGCUGCCAAUAGAGUCUCCCUGGGAGACUUCUUCCUCGCGCUUAGGCCGCCGCCUUUUAAACAUCGUAAUUCUAAAUGGAUUUAACAGAAAAUCAUUGUACAAUAUUAUAUGACUACAUAGUAAAUGUUCGGUUUUUUAU